UUGUGCAUGAAAAGUUUCAAAUGUGCGAGGAAGCGACAGCGCAAACCCUGCCCAGUCGUAUGAAUGGUCUAUCCCUUUACCCGUCAUUCAAUUGGUUCCAAAAUGGCGUCGAAAGAGAAGAAAGAAGUAGUCAUCCCCAAAACUCCGGCUGAUCUGCAGCGAAUGAAGCUGGAAAAGUUGAUGAAAAAUCCGGACAAACUGGCACCCAUUCCAGAUGGCCCCAGGGAAAGAAAAGCUCCAACUGCGCCAGAAUUUGUCAGGGAUGUUAUGGGCUCCAGUGCAGGUGCAGGGAGUGGAGAGUUCCAUGUCUACAGAGGGUACCGUCGGAGGGAGUUGUUCAGACAGAAACAUCUCGAUGAACAUGCAAAGAAGGAGAGUCAAAGGGAUGAAUUUGAGAAGAAGCUAGAUGCCAACAGACAGGCAGCAGAAGAAAAGACAGCCAAAAAGAGAGCAAAGAGACAGAAAAAGAAGAUGAAGAAGAAAAUGAAGAAGCUGGAGGAAAAGAAACAAACGGAGGAAGGAAAUAAAGAAGAGAGUGAAAGUGAAGAAGAGGAAGAACAAGAGGAAGAACAGGAUGAAGUAAAAGAUGAUGAUGCAGAAGAGGUCUGUUUUGUGAUUGGUGGAAGAUGACCCUUCUACAAAUUCAGACUCUUAGUUGGAGGAAGAAAACUCUCCAGACCAAAUUUAGUUAGGUACAUUAUGGAUACUACCUAAAUAGUAAAUGUGGAGGGGGGAGUAGUUAAUGGUUGAUACAGCACCCCAAAUGAAGGGCAGUUUGUAAAAAAAUGAGACAGUAGACACCCAACACCCCUGCAGUGACUUGGAAUCCAUUCUACACAAGUGGUCUACAGACUACAGUGUAACUUUUGUAAAUAGUAUGUGGAUGACUAUUCAGUAUUAUUUCUCAUUUUUAUGACAGCAUAAUCAUGAUAGAUCUAGUGACAUAUCACUUUAUUUUUAGGUUGCAUAGGAUGUACAUGUUAUCUUCUUGGAUUUUUUUCAGAAAAAAAUUGGACCAACUGGUCUGAGGAGUUUAAUGGCACAUUUAAUGCAAUGAUUCCCUUCCUUUGACGACACGUGUUACUAAUGUUGUGAAUAAAAGGCAUUGUUUUUAGACUGAAAA